AUGUCUGACACCUUAUCACUCUUCUCACUCUCUGGCAAAUACGCUGCUAUUUCUGGUUGCACUCGUGGUAUUGGACGUAGCAUGGCUUUGGGUCUUGCUGAAGCUGGCGCAGACGUUUGCUUGUUACAACGCAACUUGGAAGAUACCACGGUGCGCGAUGAGAUUCGUGCUUUGGGACGUCGCGCCGAGAUUGUGCAUUUGGAUGUUAGCGACCAAGCUUCCGUACGUACAGUGAUUGAUCGUACCUUGCAAGUGUUUCCCACGCUCGAUAUCCUUGUUAACAAUGCAGGCAUUCAAAAGCGUCAUGACGCUGUUGAUUUCCCGGAAGAUGAAUUCGAUCAAGUAAUCCAAGCUAAUUUCAAGUCGGUGUGGAUUAUGAGUCAAGCUGCUGCCCGACACAUGAUUCCCAAAGGUUCAGGGAAAAUCAUUUCCACUGCAAGCUUGAUGAGUUUUCAGGGUGGUAUUCGUGUACCAGCGUAUGCUGCUGCCAAAGGGGCUCUCUCAACACUCACCAAAGCAAUGGCCAAUGAAUGGGCCAAACACGGUGUCAACGUCAAUGCAAUUGCACCUGGGUAUGUUAAAACAGACCUGAAUGAAGCAUUACAAAAUGAUCCUGUAAGAAGCAAGGAGAUCCUUUCACGUAUUCCUGCCGGACGAUGGGGUGCACCCGAUGACUUUAAAGGACCCGUAGUUUAUCUUGCUAGUCGUGCAAGUGAUUAUGUACAUGGCGAAUUAUCAGUGGUGGAUGGUGGAUGGCUUGGUAAGUGUGCUUAUUGA